AUGGCUAUCAAUAACGAUGCCAAUCAUGCCGAUUUGGACCCACUGUGGCAGGAUGCGGACUGGGCUAUAGGGCAGUCCCUCAUCAUGGGAUGGGACGGCACUGCAGUGACGCCACAAAUCAGGAGCUUGAUCGAAGAGCAUCACCUUGGCUCGAUUAUCCUGACCGCGAAGAACCUGAAAUCUGCGCACCAGACCGCAAAGCUGGUGCAGGAGCUGCAAACCAUUGCAAAGAAUGCUGGACACCCCUAUCCGCUUCUCAUCGCGUUGGAUCAGGAGAAUGGCGGUGUUAACAGUCUGUUCGAUGAGGACUAUGUCUGCCAGUUCCCCAGUGCCAUGGGCGUCGCGGCCACAGGACACCCUGAACUAGCCUACGAGGUGACCAAGGCGACAGCGAGCGAGAUCUCAGCGUGUGGUGUGAACCUCAUGCUAGGUCCCGUCCUAGAUGUCCUCAAUAAUGCGCGCUACCAGCCUCUAGGCGUAAGGGCAACGGGCGAUGAUCCCCAAGAGGUGUCUCAAUACUGCCUCUCAGCCCUCAAGGGUAUCAAAGACGCAGGGAUGGCGUCGUGUGGCAAACAUUUCCCUUCCUACGGAAACCUGGACUUUCUGGGCUCUAACCUCGAUGUUCCCAUCAUCACACAAACUCUGGAAGAGCUGAACCUCAGUGCGUUGAUCCCCUUUCGGAAUGCCAUUGCUUCUGGGAGACUAGAUGCCAUGUUUGUCGGUGGCUGUGGCAUCUCCAACCCAUCGAUGAACGUGAGCCACGCAUGCCUGUCAGACCAGGUCGUCGAUGACCUCUUGCGCAACGAGCUUGGUUUCAAGGGCGUGGCCAUCUCAGAAUGUCUGGAGAUGGAGGCUCUCAGCCACGAGCUCGGUGUGCAGAACGGAGUAUGCAUGGCUAUGGAAGCCGGCUGCGACCUGAUUCUCCUGUGCCGAGCAUACGAUGUGCAAUUGGAAGCACUCAAGGGACUCAAACUUGGCGUGGAGAAUGGCAUCAUUACUAGGAACAGGCUCUUGACAUCAGUCCGAAGAGUCUUGCACCUCAAAUCUAUUUGCACAUCCUGGUCCAAAGCGCUCCACCCACCGGGUGUUUCGCUCCUCUCGCAACUCCAUCCGUCUCAUCUGGCGCUUUCCCGGCGCGCCUACGAUGACUCUAUCACGGUCAUCAGGGAUAAAGAGAAACUUCUGCCACUUUCGGCGAGCCUGCAUCCUUCUGAGGAGCUGCUACUGCUCACCCCCCUGGUGAAGCCAUUGCCAGCUUCGUCUCUAACGAAAAGCUUGCUCGAAUCCAAGGCCAACGGCCGAGCAGCUCGGCCUACAAACCAUGACACCUGGGCGCACAGAGACCGCGACAGGGGAUCAAUCAUGAGCGGGGAGGGCGUUUUCCGCGAAUUUGGAAAGGAGUUGGCUCGCUCGAGAAAUGGAAAGCUUCUGCACACCAGCUACACGGCGAACGGUGUGAGACCAGUCCACGAAAAUCUGAUCAACAGGGCAUCCUGCAUCGUCAUAGUCACGGCCGAUGCCAACAGGAACCUGUACCAGGCUGGCUUCACGAAGCACGUCGACAUGAUGUGUUCCAUGCUUCGCAGCCGCGGACAGAAGAAGCAGCUGAUCGUGGCCGCCGUCAGCUCGCCCUACGACUUUGCGAUGGACAAGUUGAUAGGCACGUAUAUCUGCACAUUUGACUUUACCGAGACAGCCAUGCAUGCUCUGGUGCGGGCUUUGGUUGGGGACAUCACGCCCUCUGGCAGUCUACCAGGCACACUCCGCAAGAGCAAAAAGGUCCUCAAGGCAAGGCAGCAUUGGCUUGUAGAGGAAUACACCCCCGGUCGAGAUGGGGCGGGGCUAGAGGACCUGCUCAGAGCGGUACACCGCGCCAGCGCGCCCGACUUGUCAUUCCUGAAGGCGACAACCGCUGGGACCUUUGCCCUGCACAACUACAAUAUUGCAGAGGCGCAUUAUGUGGUGCGAAACAGCAGCACCCAGGCUUUAUACGGCUUCGUGGCCACGUACUUUGUGUCGGGCACUGGCAUGAUUGGUGCUCUCGUUGUCGAUCCCACAAAACGCAACGUCUCCAUCGGCCGGUCCCUGCUCCGUCGCGCCAUCAAGAAACUCAAGCAGAAGCAAGGGAUCAAGAAGAUACAGCUCGGCAUGUCGUUCCCAGGCGUUUUCCUGGGCAUUCCGUGCGACGGCGGCGUCAAUACCACCAAGGAAUGGUUUGGCAAUGGAGGAUGGGAUACCUCCUUCUCUCGCCGCCUUACCAGCAUGAUCAUCUCUGACCUUGGGAACUGGACCGUGCCCGAGGGCUUGCUCCAGAGGAUCCAGCGGGCGAACAUCAGCUUCGAUCUCAUCCACGGCCUGGACAACGCAGAAAGCGUCCUGAACCAUGUCCGUGCGCACGCGAACCCAGAGUUGCUGGAGCUGUACCGCGCGGCGCUGACGGAGAAGACGAACUGCGGUAUCGUCCGCGCAAAGGACUCGUCCGGCAUGCUGCUCGGCACGAUUAUCAUAUGUCGCCAGCGCAGUCCGCUCGCACAGCACAUUCCACCUCUCGUUUCACGAUCGGACGACAUUGGCGGUUUGCUCGCGCCCAUUGCACCGCCAAGCUCCUUGUCGACGUUGGCACUCCAGGGGUUGGCGUUGAUGGGCGUGCGCCAGAUAAAGAGCGGCAAGGCCUCGAGUAUGGUGCUAAGUUGGGCUGUCGACGAAACGUGUGAGCCGCUCCAGGCCAUGGGGUUUGAUAUUUUGCAAUCCUUCGAGGAGAUUAGCAAUUCUCCAGAUUAUUUCCCCGAUGCGUAG